GCGUACGGCCGAGCUUCUGAUCGCAUGCGCUGAGCACAAGCUUCGUCUUGAAAGGGCCUCUCAUCAUGGUGAGGACGACGAUUGCGACCCGGAGCGAGAACGUCCAGUCUCGGCAGGCAUCAUGUCGUAGACGAUGCGUCCGAUUGGAGGCGGUGAGAAACGAAUUGUGAAUUUCGUUGCCGCAGGGGUGUCAGAAGACUGCCGCCAUGUUUAGCCUUGUGAUUGGCACUGUGGUGUGGGCCACAUUGCCCCAGCACCGGGCGGCCACGCUCGCUGCGGGCACCGCAUGGACGCUGGUCAAGGGAGUGCGGAACCACAUUCGGGCGCGCAAGGCGGAGGACGGGGCCAGCUCCGUGGUGGAUGAAGUCAGCACCGGCGUGGCACUGGAAUGGCAGGACGUGCGCAUGACGCUGCUGGACAAGAAGGGGCGCGCCAAGAAGCACAUUCUGCGUGGCGUCAAUGGGAAGGCCUCCCCCGGGCGACUGCUGGCUAUCAUGGGGCCCUCCGGGAGCGGGAAGACGUCGCUCCUGAAUGCGUUGGCGGGCCAGACCCAGAAGGCGAAGCGGGUAAAGCUGGUGGGGUGCCUGUUGGUGAACGGCAAGGAGAGCGCCUCCCUCAAGGAGCACAAGGUGGCCUAUGUGCGCCAGGACGACAUCUUCUACUCGCAGCUGACGGUGCGUGAGACGCUGCGCAUGGCGGCCCAGCUGCAGCUGCCGCAGUCGCAGCCGGACGAGGAGAAGGAUGCAUACGUAGAGGAGCUCAUUCUGCACCUGGGCCUCGUUGCGUGCGCGGACACCAUCGUGGGUGACGACCGUCGCGUGCGCGGCAUCAGUGGCGGGGAGCGCAAGCGCCUCAGCAUCGCGUGCGAGCUCAUCUCUAGCCCUAGCAUCAUCUUUGCCGACGAGCCCACCACAGGGCUCGACUCGUUCCAAGCCGAGAAGGUGGUGCGCACGCUGCAAAAGCUGGCCCGCGAUGGCCACACUGUGGUGUGCAGCAUCCACCAGCCACGUGGCAGCAUCUUCCAGAUGUUUGACGACCUGGUCCUGCUCGCUGACGGCCAGCUCGUGUACCAGGGCGCCGCCGAGGGCGCGCUGCCCUUCUUUGAGGAGCAGGGGCACAAAUGCCCCGAGCGCUACAACCCGGCCGAGUUCUAUGCGGACCUCAUCGCAUACGACUUCUCCACCCCUGACCUGGAGGCGGCCAGCCGGCAGCGCGUGACGCAGCUCCAGCAGGCCUUCGUUAAUUGGCACACGAAACACAGCGACAGCACCGCAGGGGCGGCGGCAGAGGACGGCAAGGAGGGGACGGAGAAGCCGCUGAUCAAGCGCGCGAAGCAGGCGGUGGGGAAGCAGGGCAGCGGGUGGCGGACGCAGUUCCGGCUGCUGCUCGAGAGGUCCUGGCGGCAGGUGACGCGCGACAAGACGACCAACGUCGUGCGCGGCGCCAUGAACGUCACGUCGGCGCUCAUCUUCGGGUCCAUCUUUUGGCGGCUCGGCUUGAAGCAGUCCACCAUCCAGGACAGGAUGGGCCUCCUCCAGGUUGCUGCCGUAAACACCGCCAUGGCCUCCCUCACAAAGACAAUCAACGCGUUCCCGCGCGAGCGCGACAUUGUAAACCGCGAGCGCGCCAAGGGGCAGUACGGCGUGUCGCCCUACUUCGUGAGCAAGCUGGUGGCGGAGCUGCCCAUCGCGGCGCUGUUCCCGCUCGGCUUCGGCUGCCUCCUCUACCCCAUGGCAGGCCUCCACGCCGGGGCCGCCAGGUUCGCCCAGUUCCUGGGCCUGGUCACUCUGGAGUCGUUCACCAGCAGCGCGCUGGGCCUGGCGCUCGGCUCGUUGUCGCCCACCACGGAGGCCGCGCUCGCGCUCGGGCCGUCCGUCAUGGUCCUCUUCAUCGUCUUCGGCGGAUACUACAUCAACCCGGACAAUGCGCCGCGUGCGUUCCGCUGGAUCCCGCGCGUGUCGCUCAUCAAGUGGGCCUUCGAGGGUCUGUCCGUGAAUGAGUUCCGCGGCCUUACCUUCGACGCGGCCGAGCCGGGCGACCAGGCCACCGGCGAGGGCGUGCUCAAGCGGCUCGGCUUUGGGGACUCCAGCAUCCAUGGGGCCGCGUACCAGCAGGCGCGCCUGCUUGGCUUCUUCUACCUGCUGACCUUCUCCAUUCUGAAGGACAAGGAGCCCAAGUUCCUGACGAUGGAGGCCCCGCCCCCCAGGCUGGAAGAGUUGGACGCGGACUCCGUUAGGGCAUGACGGGACAUCGUCAAUCAAUAGAGCAGCCUGCGGCGGUGAUUCUGCCUUUGAGCGUUGCGGCUGAGAGAGGAGGUUGGCAACCAGAUUGACGGGAAAACGAGAGAAAGACAUGUUGAAACGGGGAGCAGUGCAAUAAAUGAGAUGACGUUUUCUUGCUCAAGACGAGUACUGUAAGGCAUAGUCGGGAUCCUCACAGGUUACACGACAUUGUAUUCUAGAACGACAUGCGAGUCGGGUACGUCAUGGUCGAAGCUAGUGGGUGGAUCUUUUUGUUACAUCGUGUCAGCUCUCGGAUCACAACGGUGUACUUUCUCAGUUGACCCCAUGUGCCUUGGAUGCCAGUGAGACAGCUCCCGCGCUAGCUGUGCAGUUGGAGAGAACGAGAUUCGGGCGGC